UCUCACACGACUUCUCGCCCACCCGUCGACUCAUCCUACUAACUCACAGCGAAAAUGUCGUCCGCUAAGGUCAAGGCCCAAACCCUCUGGAGCAAGAACAAGGAUGAGCUCAAGACUCAGCUCGAGGAACUGAAGGCCGAGCUCGUCCAGCUCCGCACCCAGAAGAUCUCCGGUGGUGCCCAGAGCAAGCUCACCAGAAUCCAUGAUGUCCGCAAGUCCAUCGCUCGCGUCUUGACCAUCAUCAACAUCAACCAGCGCUCGCAGCUGCGCAUCUUCUACAAGAACAAGAAGUACCUGCCCCUCGACCUCCGCGCAAAGCAGACCCGUGCCAUCCGCAGAAGAUUGAGCAAGGAGGAUGCUUCGCGCGUCACCGAGAAGCAGAAGAAGAAGCAGACCCACUUCCCUCAGAGAAACUACGCCGUCAAGGUGCGAUAACAAUCCUCAAUCUCCCGUCGACAACCUUUCGGGAAAACACAAAGUCAGCGUUACUGACAAAAACUCUACCAGGCCCAAUAAAUGGUUUCGCCCAACAACUCUUCCGACUUGCUACUUCCUCUCCCACCAUAGCGGGGUUCCCUUUUUCUUGGUUCGGCG